UGCUUUUAAAAAAAAAAGUUCCUAAAAAUGCGGCGUCUGCUAGAGCACUUACAGUGUUUAGUUAUCGAAGAAAACGUAAUUUAAUCUAAUUUGUUAAAAAAUUUAAACUAUUAUUUUCACGAAAUGAACUUGUCGGACCUUUCUUUUGAUGGUUGUAUAACAGCAAUAUAUAUCGAUUAAAAUGAUAUGAUUUUAUAAAUGUCACUCAUGUCAUUGACGAUGUAUAACCUAUGUGUAAUGUUUCUAACGUAACGUAUUUACUUAAUUAUUGUCCAAAAAUUGGAAAUAUAUUUGAUUAAAUGAUGAGAGAUGCGUACCAAGGGCCUGCUACUGUUGCUUAUCUGCAUAGCAGGAAGCAGCAUCAUUUUCAUUGCUUUCAGCAAUCAACGACCUUCCAUACAAACUCUAGUUACAGAGACACACAAGCAGUUACGAAACUUCCAAGUAAAUGCUUCUGAAAAUUUGAAGGAUGUUGAAGAGAAACGCUUGGUAACAGAUUCCAAGUAUCUUGCAAUACUUGGUCUCGAUGGACAAACAAGCACAACACCUUUUAGUUUUAAAUCUCAAAAUGUGACUGUUGUAUCUCUUAUUAGACCUGGAAAUGAACAACACAUUUAUGGCUUUGUGAGAAAUAUCAGUCAUUUUUUGCCAAAUAACAGUAUUGUUAUAUAUAGUGUUGGAUUAAAUGAGGACUCUUUGCAAAGUAUUAGAAUAGCUUGUAAUUCUACAAAGUGUAAUGUGAUUCAUUUUGAUAUAAGUCUAUUUCCAGCCCAUGUUGAAGAUGAUAGGUUACAUGUUUAUAGACCUUUAGUUAUUCAGACAGCUUUAAACACAUUAGGAAAUAUAUUGUAUAUGGAUUCUAACAUGCGUUUGAAUUCUUCAGACAUUUCAAAGUAUCUUUUACCAAAAUCUGGAAUUUUAACUUGGCCUACAAGGCAUGCAAUUAGCUCUUUAACACAUCCAAAGAUGUAUGAGUAUUUCCAUGUUUCUGCAGAAAGCUUCUUUUUUCUUCCUUUAAUAAGAGCAUCACAUUUAGUAAUUAGAAAUGUUAAAGAAAUUAGAGAAAAAGUAAUGUUGCCAUGGGUUCAAUGCGCACUAACAAGAGAUUGUAUUUCUCCUAUUGGAGCUCAAUCAGCGGGUUGCCGAUUUAAUAAGAAACCACAGUACCGGUAUUCCGGUUGUCACGCAUAUGACGCUUCUGCACUGAACAUCGUACUCGGACUACAUUUUAACUUCGACGAUACAUAUUACGUACAUCAAGAGCGAGAAACGUACUUUAAUAAGAUACAACCAGAGGAAAUUACAGAAGAAUAUCUUAUGAUCACACGACAGAAUAAUGCGACUGAAUCGAAUUUAAGAAAUAUUAUAUCAAUCGAACGCUAAUUUUUCCGAGAUCACGAUUCGUUUUAAAUUACUAAUUAAGUGAUAUGUCGAUCAAGCACAAGUUAAUAUAAGAAUACAGAAAUAAUUUAAGGAACAAAUAAAGACUUCGGUGAAUAAA